AUGUCACUUUUUAAGAAGACUUAUGGGUCCAAUAUUAAGUAUCACCAUGCCCGUAGAGGGAAAGAAGCCGUAUUUGAAGAACAAUUUGGUGAUAACGAGAAGUCGUAUAACGAUGUAACUUGGUAUGCCAAAGCCAUUGAGCAAACUAAUCCUGAUAGCUUUGUGAAAUUUGAAGUUGAUCAAGCAACCAGAAGAUUUCAGCGGAUUUUCAUUUGUUUCGGUGCUUGCAAGCGUAGCUAUAGGUAUCUCAGGCCCAUGAUUUACUUGGACGCUACUUUCCUUACUGGUAGAUUCAGGAGUACUUUGACGGCUGGAACAUGUAUCAAUGGAAAUGAUGGUUUUUACCCAUUUGCUUUUGCUCCUGUGUCUACUGAAAACAAAGAUAAUUGGUUUUGGUUUCUGGAUAAUCUUAAACAAGUGGUCGAUCGUCGUCCGAUUAUUUUCCUUAGUGAUCGUCACGAAGGACUUUUGCAGGGCAUUCCAAAUUCAUUUCCUGAUUCAUAUCACAGCUAUUGCUUUUACCACAUCAAGUGCAAUCUCCCUAUUGGAUCAGGUGAUGCGAAUUUCAAGGUCGUUAUUGAUUUGUUUUACAAAGCUGGUUACUCUUACACAUCAGCUAACUUUGAAGAAGCUUUGCGGGGCAUGCAUGCAAUUAGAUGUGGACAUGUUUCUAAUUAUCUCAGGACUAUUCCAAAGGAGAAAUGGACAAAUGCAUUUUUACCUGUAUGCAGAUAUGUUUCUCACUCUUCAACUCUUUUUGAGUCAUUCAAUAACUGGAUUCUUGAGUUCAAAAAAUUGUCUGCUUUUGGUCUUCUUGAUGCGAUACGAUGA